UGGAGGUGGAGGCCGGGAGGUUCGAGUGUAAAAAUACACAAUUAGCGAACAAGUCCAUGGUAGUGCCAGAGGAAGUCCGUAGUGCUCCUUUACUAAGGUCCUGAUGUAUCUUCAUCAAAAGACCCAAAUUACUGUUUGAAAACAGCAUGGCAGAACGUCCUGCAAAAUUGAGAUAUCGACGGUUAGAACCAACUAUCCUGAAAUUUAUUAAAGUUGCAAUCCCAACGGACUUGGAGCGGUUACAGAAACACCUGAUAAAUAUUGAGAAGUAUCAGCGAUUCAGUCAAUGGGACAAGGUGCACCAGGAGCACAUUAACGCAAGCCGUACUGUUCAGCAACUACGAGCUAACAUGAGGGAAAUGGAAACAAUAUGCCUUCGAGUAAGAGAUGAAGAUUCCCAAACUUUGGAGACGAUAAUAAGUCCUUUAAAGGAACGGGCUGCAGCAGCAGUGGAGGAGUUCCUGAAAGUCCAUUCACAGUGUUCAGAAGUGUCCAGUAACCAUGGACGUACAGAGAAUUCACAGGACCCACACUCAUCUCUACUGCGGUCCCAAACUAUAGCAGGGACAUUCGCGAGUAUCCAAGACUCUGGCACAUCACUGCCCCAACAUUCAGUUCAGCUCAGUCUGCCCCUGCCACAGAUUCCCCAAGAUCAUGACGCAGCUGAAUCAUGGGAAAACCUUGAAGAGAACUUAAUUGAUCUUAGUAACUUGGUGACUGAAUUUUCCCAGCAGCUUCAUACCCAACAGGAGAAGAUUGACAGCAUUGAAGACCAUGUCAGUACUGCUGCUGAGAAUGUUGAAGAGGGAACCAGGAACCUGGCGAAGGCCGCUAAAUAUAAACUUGCAAUGUUGCCUGUGGCAGGUGCUCUCAUUGGUGGUGUGAUUGGAGGGCCUAUUGGUCUCCUGGCAGGCUUCAAAGUGGCAGGGGCUGCAGCUGCAGUUGGAGGAGGGAUACUGGGCUUCACAGGAGGCAGAAUGUUGCUGAAGAAACAGCAGCAGAAGAUAGAUCAAGAACUGGCACUUUCUUCCAGCUGCCCCGAGCUGAACACUAAAGCUGGAAAAAAAUCUAGCUGAGUUGACUAAGACAUUGACUCUUGCAGAAAAAAUGAGCAAAUUAUAUACUUUUUUGUAAACAAAACGUAAGCUGUCAACAAUAUUCAUUAUCCAACAGGCAAUCAGCCUAUUCGACGAUCGACGAACACUUUAUGAAAUGUUCACUGUUUAAAUGUUGAUUUUUUAAAAAUAUUUUUAGGUGUAUUAAUAAAAUAUUUACUAUCUAAUAAGUAA